UAUUCUUUGGAACCUUUGACACUUUUGACAGUUAAAAAAUAUUGAGGUUAAUUUUAAAAAAACCUAACCUAAAAAUUAAUUUAAUAUGAACAAUUUUAAACGUUUAACAACUUUUACGUUUAAAUAUUUUAAUUACGAAAAAUUUGUGAUAAAAAGUUCAACAAUACGUACUUUAUCAUCAGGUUUUUAUGCGAAUAGUGAUGUAACACUCACUAAAACUCCAUUUAAUCAGUUCCAAUUCGUUAGAAAUUAUGCGAAAGGAAAAGACAAGAAAAAAGAGAAAGGUAAAUCCAAAGUUGUUGUUAAUGAAAAUGAAAUAGCAUCCGUGUUAAAUAUUGAGAAUCUUAAAAAACAACUUGAGUUGCCUUUAGAAGUUAUGAAGAACGAAUAUGUUAAACAACUUAGUUUAAGAACUUCAGCAGGCUCUCUCGAACUCCUUACAAUAAAUUUCGAGGGUAAAGAUUAUACACUUCAAGAGAUUGCCCAAGUUGUCCGAAAGAAUCCGACUACUUUAGUUAUCAAUAUGUCUAUUUUUCCACAAGCUAUUCCGAUGGUUUUAAAAGCAAUUCAAAAAUCUGGAUUUAAUCUUAAUCCCCAACAAGAAGGAACAACUUUAUAUGUACCAAUUCCUAAGGUGACACAAGAACAUAGAGAAAAUUUGACUAAAGCUGCCAAACAUCUUUUUAUAAAAUGUAAAGAUUCAAUCAGGGAUACUCAAAAUAAGCAUUCAAAAACAUUAAAGAGGAAAGAUGGCUUAUCAGAAGAUUUAUUAAGAAAUGUUGAACAACAAAUUGUUGCUAUGGCCGAUGGUUAUAUUUUGCAAGCAGAAAAAAUUUUUAAUAAUAAAUCAAAAGAAUUGUUAGGGAAAGAUUAAGACUUCAAAAGUGUUGGUUUAAAUUUAAAUUUAUUUUAUGAAUUAAAAAGUUACAAAAUAAUUAAAUCAUUUCCCCUCA